AUGCAAAGUUUUCGAAAGGGAAAACCCGAGACCACAAUACAAAGUUUAAUGUCAAAAGUCAGUUCUAUGUGAAGCCGCCUACACACGCUAAAUUUCUCCGACGAGUUUCACGGAUGGAUCUGAGAAAAUCAAUCGCGCUAUCGGGGAGGGUGCUCCACAUAAACACGUCGCCGUUAGAUGAUUUAGGUUCUCCCCUAAUGCGUGUGUAACGCGAGCGGUGCACGCGUUCGUAUACGUGCGCGGAUAUUAGCAUCCUGACGUCUCGUUCGAACCAUCAGUCUGAUAGCAACUGUUGGAGGGGCGACAAACCAAUUUCGCGGUUGCAACAGUGUGAAUCGUCUUCGAGAUUUCUUUCUCGCGCGACCCAUAUCAUUUCGCCGCCGAGAUCCGAAUCGAUAACGAACCUCUCAAGAUGAUCGCGUUGCUGAUCCUCGUGCUGCCGACCUUCUGGGCCCAGGGGACCGAGGCGAGCGUGCUGGUCGCCGACACUACCAUGUCCAGGAUGGUGGAGAUGCACGCCGACGCGCCGUUCUGCGCUCUCUACAACGACCGCGGGAUCAUCCAGAGGAUGGUCCUCAGAGCGGACCCCAAUAAGGUCCGGCAGAUGUCCAGCAACCUCGUCGCUGAUCUCGAGGAGACCUGCAAGGCUUCGCGGGAUAAAGCCAAGAAUCAAGUGUUCAGUGGCUUGAUAUAUCCCGGUACCAAGUGGUGCGGACCAGGUGACGUGGCCGAUUCUUACGACGACUUGGGCCAACACGCGGCCGAGGAUGCCUGCUGCAGGGAGCACGAUCACUGCCCGUUCACGAUAGCGCCGCAAGAAUGCAUACAUGGUAUAUGCAAUAAUUCACCGUUUACUCGUUCGCAUUGCGACUGCGACGCCAAGUUUCGCAGGUGUUUGCAGAAUGUCAAUACCGAGGUGGCGAAUACUAUCGGCGCGCUUUUCUUCAAUAUCAUUCAAGUUACCUGCUUCAAAGAGAGACGUCCGUGCUCCGAAUGGCAAAGGAAUGGCUACGCAGAGGCUGUGUCAAAUCGCUUAUGCUCACAGUACAAAUUCCGACCUAGUGAUAAGUACGUGCCCAUGAUGCCUUUGAAUAUGAACAUGUGAAUCCGGAAGCGACAGAAGGACAGGCCUGAGAAAAAAGCAGCUUAAGUUAAAGGGCCUCAUCUCGUUAUUACGGGAAUUACGUUAUGACACAACGACCACAUUGAACGACCAUCUAUUAUAUAUCAAAUUGCCGUCCUUACUGUCGCGCACACCAACGUGCACACCACUAAAUACGUAACGCGAUCUUUUAGAAAUUAAGUUACGUCCACCUCUGUUCGCAAAGAGAGAGACUGUCCUUUAGAAUCCGCAGAUAACGAAACUGUGUUAUUCAUCGAAUUUAUCCUGUUGUAUAUAUUAACUAUAAUUAAUUCGGAUGAGAGCAGCAGUUUGGCCUAAUCUUACUACAUCUAUAGAGAAAGAUGUUCUAAUGACUCUGAUUGAAUAUCUUUUGAUAUUAUCUUUCGCGCGCUUUGGGAAGAAUUUUCCUAUCGGAUAAAAAAAAAAAGAAAUAUAUAUAUAUAUAUA